AUGAGCGUUCUGAGCCACAUCACGCUUGGCACCAACGAUACCGACCGCGCCGCGCGGUUCUACGAUGCCGUUCUCGGCGCGCUGGGGUUCGCGCGCCUGCCAAAGCCGGAGGGCAAGCCGCCGGCCUAUGAGAAGAACGGCCGGAUGCCGACCAUCUAUCUCUAUCCGCCCGCCGACGGCCGGCCCGCCACCUGGGGCAAUGGCACCCAUGUGGCAUUCGUCGCCGAGACCACCGAUGCUGUCGAUGCGUUCCAUAGGCUGGCGCUCGACCAUGGCGGCAGCGACGAGGGCAAACCCGGCCCGCGCCCGCACUAUGGCGACGAUUAUUAUGCGGCCUAUGUACGCGAUCCGGACGGCAACAAGCUGCAGGCGGUGUGCUAUCGCGCGCCGUGA